GGCUUUACUCGUAACGAAUGUCAAUAGAAAUUAGCUUAAAUAUUUGAUAUAAAGAGAUUUUACCCCUACAAUGUUUCGUAAGCUGUCUACUGCAUCUGGAACCCGUUUGGUCUUAUCACGCCAAUUCAGUGUCUGUGAGCUAUCCCGGGAGCAUAAGGAAAUUCAACAGCUAUGUCGGCGAUUUAGUGAUCAUGAAUUGAAACCGGCGGCAAGUGCGAUUGAUCGCAAUGGAACGUUUCCCGCGGAACAUAUUGCCAAGCUGGCAAAACUAGGACUGAUGAGGGUGACUGUGUCUCCAAACUAUGGUGGCUCUGGGAUGGAUAUGCUCUCGUUAUCAAUCAUCGUGGAAGAACUUUCUAGGGGAUGUGGAAGCACUGGUUCGAUUGUAUCUAUUCAUAACUGCCUUUACGCCAACCUGUUGAAUCGCCUUGGUACGGAUGAACAACGUGAGAGAUUUUUUAACAAAUACGAUAGUAAAACCAUCGGAGCAUUCGCACUCAGCGAAGCCGGUGCGGGCUCUGACGUAGCUGCUUUGGCGACGACAGCGAAGAAAGAUUCUAAUGGCAGUUGGAUAUUGAAUGGUACGAAGGCUUGGGUAACAUCUGGCAUUGAAGCUGUAGCGGGAAUUGUAUUUGCCACCGUGGAUUCUUCGCUAAGACACAAAGGGAUUACGGCAUUUCUAAUUGAUUUCAAUGAUGGCAAUUUAGAUGGAUUGUAUAGAGGUCCACCGCAGGAUAAACUAGGAAUUCGUGGAACAUCAACUUGCGAUUUGGUACUAGACAAUGUGCGUGUACCAGAAGCUAACAUUCUAGGUUCGAUUGGGGGCGGAAUGCGAAUUGCCAUGGAACAACUCGAUCGUGCUCGAAUCGGGAUAGCUUCGCAAGCCAUUGGAAUAGGCCAAGCUGCUCUUGAGACGGCUGUAGAGUACGCGAAUCAUCGUGCAGCAUUCGGUGGCACCCUGAUUGAUCUUCCUGCCGUGCGUACGAGAAUAGCCGAGAUUUCUAUAAGAAUUGAAACGGCUCGCUUGCUAGUUCGAAAAGCUGCUGGUGAAAUUGAUCGCGGACAACGUGCAACGAAAAGCUGUUCUAUGGCCAAAUGGCUAGCAGGAGAAACGGCAACGUUCGCGGCUCAUGGCUGUCAGCAGAUUCUUGGUGGGAUGGGCUAUGUGAAAAAUUUGCCGGCUGAACGAUUGUACCGAGAUGCACGUAUUACUGAAAUAUAUGGUGGAGUAACUGACGUUCAAAAGAUGAUCGUUGCGGAUCAGACGAUCAAAGAACUGGAGUGAUAUAACCGGUAUAACCGAAUAUUUUGUCGGACGAGCACAAUUCAAUUGUGCUCUUUAUUAUUUUUACAUAUAUGGUUAACAGGAAAUGUCUGAAAGACU